CGGACACCAGACUGCAGUGUCGGCGAUGCGCUCUCUCUGGGUUUGCCUCUGCACUGUUCUGCUGUCCGUCUCAGUCCAGGGAUACAACUAUUCGAAGCAUGGUUGGUCAGUGUCCGGCGUUGAUGUCGUCUCUGCGGUGGAAGGGGCCUCCGCUGUGUUACCGUGUACUUUCACCCACCCAUCCACUGACGUCGCCUUGAACGGCUCCAUGAACUGGUACAAGAUAGAAUCAGGUGCUAGUAAACAGGUUUUUAAGUGCACAUUUUUCGGUUCCGGCCGCUCCGGGUGCAGUACGACACAGGAGGCUGGAGGAGGGCGGUUCGGAUUCGUGGGGAACCUCAGUCGGAGAGAUGCCUCGAUAAUGGUGCAGCGUCUGAACCGGAGUGACGGUGGUCGGUAUCAAUGCAAGGUGGACCUCAAUAUUGGCAAACAUCAAACGGCAGUUCUAACAGAACUGUCUGUGAGAGCUCCCGGCGAGAGUGUCUCUGUGAUGAAUGGAACCGAGGGAGCUUCGGUCACGUUACCCUGUGAGUUCACACGGCCUCCGCAGAACCUCACCGCACACACGGUGACGUGGAUGAGGAAGGAUCCCUACCGACACAUCGUCACAUUCAGGCGUUAUGAAAACGGAUCGUGGGCAGCGGAAAACGGAGUGACUCGGUACGAGCUCGUCGGGGUCCCAGAGCGGGGAAACGCUUCGACCAGGAUAAAGCAGUUGAGGGUGGAGGACAGUCACAGCUACCUGUGUCUGGCUGAUUUCAGCGACUUUACCCACCCUUACCCACACUUCUACGGAUACCAGCUCGAUCCACCCUAUAUCCAUCUGCCCCAGAGUGAGAUCCGGCUGCGGGUCAGACCUGGGACAGACGCUUUUGCCGUGCUGAUGUUGUGUAUCCCACUCGGACUGAAAACUCUCGCCCUUUUAGUGAUGGGCGCCGUUCUCUGCUGUGACAAACUCAGGGAGGAGACUCAUGCACCGCAGGAGGCAGAGAAGAACAGACUUCCAAGAACCAGGAGCAGACGCCCCGCCCUCCUCGCUCCAUCAGCUUACCGCACUCUGGGAGCGGGCAUUUCUGAUCUUACUUCCAAAUUGCUUUCUGAUUCUCUCUUGUCUGUGUUUUAUGGUUACAGCCCCUCUGACAUUCAGCAACUUUGCCCUUGUCACGCCCAUAUUGUCCGGUUAGAAUUUUUCACGGCUCUAUGAGGUACCCUUCAUUUCUCUCAACUCCAGGGACUAUGGGGCCAACAGGCAUCAGUUCUGCUCACCCUGGGAUGCUCACAGCACUUGCUCUGUGAUAAAUCACCCUAACUCAAACAAAUUUAAAAAUACACAAUUUUCGGGUAGGGAAUCACUAAGGCUCUGUACAACUACAGCAAGACAUCCUUUCUUCUGUUCUUAAAUCACCUUGUGAUGAAUGUCAACGUAACAUUUGCUUUCCAACCUGUCACUGCUGAACUCCUGAUUGUACUGUGCAGUGGCAUCCAUUUCUUUCCUCCCUCCCACCAUUCAAAAACAAUUUGCAUUACCAUAUUUAGACUCAUACUUGUGUACAUUAAACUGCCUCUGCCAUCCAUUUGCCCUCUCAACUAACUGCUGCAAGUCACUUAGAAAAUUCAUCCUCUCCUCCUGACAUUGCGCCAUCCUCAGAGCUGGAGGUGUUAAAUUUACUUCCUUCAUCAACUUCCUUGCUGUCGACUUUGAACAACUGGGGCAUAAACACAAAUUCCUCUGGUUGGCCUCUAGUUACUGCCUGCCACCUGGGAAAAGAUCUGUUUCCUCAUCCGCUUUGUUGUUAGAAUCAGAUGUUUUAAAUCUAAAGUUCUUCCAGAUGCAGACAGCAUGGGAAUUCAAAAUGCAGCCUAGCCCUUUUUGAAAAGAGGACCGGAUUCAAGGUGCAGAGUGGCCCUAGUGCUCUUCUAGCUCUUGCUCUAUCACACCGAACAGACUAGUACAGCACACUCAAGGCCUGUCAGCCCAUAAUGUUGACACAACUUUUUAACCUACUCUAAGCUCAGUCUGACUCAGUAGAGUAGCGGUUAUGGCAUUGAUCACCAGUCAGUGAUGAAACUUCGCGGUUGAAUUCCCACCGCUGUCUGGGCUCAGGGUGCUGGCUGGUUGGAAGAGGGUAGACUGACCCUGAAACAAUCUGUUACUGUCAGUCUCAGGGGAGAGUACCGAUACCUGAUCCAUUUUUCAAUUUCAUCACAUACUCUGUAAAGUCCAGAACCUUGAGGAAAAUUAAAGUGGAUAAAUCCCCGGGACCUGACAGGGUGUUCCCACGGACCUUGAAGGAGACUAGUGUUGAAAUUGCAGGGGCCCUGGCAGAAAUAUUUAAAAUGUCGCUGUCUACAGGUGAGGUGCCGGAAGAUUGGAGCGUGGCUCAUGUUGGUCCGUUGUUUAAAAAGGGAUCAAAAAGUAAUCCGGGAAAUUAUAGGCCGGUAAGUUUAACGUCGGUAGUAGGUAAGUUAUUGGAGGGAGUACUAAGAGACAGAAUCUACAAGCAUUUGGAUAGACUGGGACUUAUUAGGGAGAGUCAACAUGGCUUUGUGCGUGGUAGGUCAUGUUUGACCAAUCUAUUGGAGUUUUUCGAGGAGGUUACCAGGAAAGUGGAUGAAGGGAAGGCAGUGGAUAUUGUCUACAUGGACUUCAGUAAGGCCUUUAACAAGGUCCCUCAUGGGAGGUUAGUUAGGAAAAUUCAGUCGCUAGGUAUACAUGGAGAGGUGGUAAAUUGGAUUAGACAUUGGCUCAAUGGAAGAAGCCAAAGAGUGGUAGUAGAGAAUUGCUUCUCCGAGUGGAGGCCUGUGACUAGUAGUAUGCCACAGGGAUCAGUGCUGGGUCCAUUGUUAUUUGUCAUCUAUAUCAAGGAUCUGGAUGAUAAUGUGGUAAAUUGAAUCAGCAAGUUUGAUGAUGAUACAAAGAUUGGAGGUGUAGUAGACAGUGAGGAAGGUUUUCAGAGCCUGAAAAGGGACUUGGACAAGCUGGAAGAAUGGCCUGAAAAAUGGCAGAUGGAGUUUAAUACAGACAAGUGUGAGGUGUUGCACGUUGGAAGGACAAACCAAGGUAGAACAUACAGGGUGAAUGGUAAGGCACCGAGGAGUGCAGUAGAACAGAGGGACCUGGGAAUACAGAUACAAAAUUCCCUAAAAGUGGCGUCACAGGUAGAUAGGUUCGUAAAGAGAGCUUUUGGUACAUUGGCCUUUAUUAAUCAAAGUAUUGAGUAUAAGA